UAGAGGAAGAAGAGAUUCACGCGUGUAUAUAUAGAACAGCCCCUCACCCCUCGGUGAGGGCCGAGGAUGCCGAAGGCGAGGGACCGCAAACUAUUCUUGGAGAACCUUAGAACGUGCGGAGUAACUACCUUCGAUGUCUUCUCUUUCCCGAUUCGGCGUCAGUAAACGUCAGUAAACCGCUGUAAGCCACCGCGAAAAGAUUAACGCUCGAAACUUUCAGAAAAGACUCGUAUCGUCAUACUUGAAAACUAGUCUCUGUUGUCAUCGUCUUCGUCGUGGUACCACGAAAGGAGAAGAUUCCGAUAGUAAACGGAGUGUGUAUAGGAUAGGAAGAGUGGUAGAGGAAGAAGAGAGUAAAGGAGGAGACGUGGGUCACAACUCCAGCGAGCUCCAGGAUUACUCGACAGAUUGCGCGCGCACACGACUUUGAGUUUAUUCAGCUGAUCUGCGAAACACCGUCGGUAUAUUUCUCGGAGAACUGACGUUCGUACUACAUUGAACCAAGCGGUUCUACGAUACACACUACUACAAGGUGCCCGGUUACCACCACCACACCAUCACCACCAUCACCACCACCACCACCAUCAGCAACAGCGAGCCGGCCGAUAAAAUGAAUCAGAAUGAUAAGUCAGUCAAGUGCGAGAACUCCGAGGAGGAAGAGUGCGAGAUGGUUGAACGUGAAUUGGCUGAGGAUGCACAGUGGAAGCGUAUACAACAGAACACCUUUACGAGAUGGGCAAACGAGCAUCUCAAGGCCAUCAACAAGAACAUAGACGACCUCGAAUGCGAUCUAUCGGACGGUCUCAAAUUGGUCGGUCUUAUCGAGGUGCUAUCUCAAAAACGAUUACCAAAACAUAAUCCAAGACCUACCUUUCGAUCCCAGAAAUUGGAAAAUGUAUCAGUCGCUUUAAAAUUUUUGGAAGAUGAGGGUAUACGUAUCAUCAGUAUCGAUUCGACGGAUAUUGUUGAUUGCAAGUUGAAAUUAAUAUUAGGAUUAAUAUGGAAACUAAUUCUACAUUAUUCGAUAUCAAUGAAAAUGUGGGACGAGGAAGAAGGGGACAAUUUCGACAAAGGGGCAACACCCAAACAAAGACUGAUGCAUUGGGUACAGUCAAAAGUACCCAAUUUACCAAUCACGAAUUUCACUUCAGAUUGGAAUGACGGUAGAGCUGUUGGUGCUUUAGUUGAUGCAGUUGCACCAGGUCUAUGUCCAGAUUGGCAGGAUUGGAAUCCUAAUGAUGCUGUACAAAAUGCAUCUGAGGCUAUGGGUUUGGCUGAUGAUUGGCUCAACAUACCACAGUUGAUAAAACCGGAAGAAAUGGUCAACCCUAACAUUGAUGAGAUGUCAAUGAUGACGUAUCUUUCUCAAUAUCCUAAUGCUAAAUUGAAACAAGGUGCACCUUUGAGACCACGGACCAAUCCCAAUAGCAUCCCUCCUCCGCGAGUACGUGCAUAUGGUCCGGGAAUUGAAUCAGUUGGCCCGGUAGUUGGUGUACCGGCCAAUUUCACUGUUGAAACAUUUUCCGCUGGUAAAGGAAAUGUUGAAGUAUUCGUUGAAGAUCCUAAAGGAAAUACCGUACCGGCAGAUGUUAGAUUCAACAAAGAUAGAAAUCUUACAUAUGCCGUAUCUUAUACGCCAAGAAUCGAAGGACCUUACAAAGUGAAGAUAUUAUUUGCCGGAAGGGAAAUUCCAAAGAGUCCGUAUACGGUCAACGUUGAGGGUCAUGCUGGAGAUGCUAGCAAAGUAACAGCAAGUGGACCGGGUCUUCAACGUGACGGAGUUGUCUUGAAUAGGCCUACUUAUUUCGACAUAUUUACUAAGGAUGCUGGCCGUGGUGUGCCGGAAGUUAUCAUUUUGGAUCCACAAGGUACAAAACUGACAACGCCUAAAUUACGUCAAAUCUUUCCGGAUGUAACAAGGUGUGAGUACAGUUCGCCAGUAACUGGUUUACAUUCCGUUAACAUCUUUUUCGCUGGUAAACCCAUACCCGAAAGUCCGGUUGGCGUAAACGUGGCACCAAUCUCUGAUGCUAAGAAAUGUAUAGCAUAUGGUCGAGGAUUAUUACCAACAGGAGUUCGCGUUAACGAUAACGCUGAUUUUGUACUCAUUACAAAGGAUGCUGGGGAAGGAAUACCGGAGAUUAAAGUUAUUGGUCCGGGUGGUAUUAAUCAAACAGUACAGAUGACCAAGGCAGACGCUAACACGUAUAAUUGUUCUUACGUGCCAACGAAGGAAGGCCGAUAUGUUGUAAUGAUUACGUUUGGUGGUAAAGAAAUAAGAAAGUCACCGUUCGAAGUGAACGUUGGCCCAUACAAGGAAUCCGCAAUUUGGGCAUUCGGUCCAGGUCUUAAAACUGGUGUCGUUGGUCAACCAGCAAGGUUUACGGUAGAUACUAACGGAGAAACCGGUGCUCUUGGAUUUUCCAUUGAAGGACCAUCCAAAGCAAAUAUAGAAUGUCACGACAAUGGUGAUGAAACAGCUGACGUGUCUUAUUUACCAACGGCACCUGGACAAUAUGCUGUUCAUAUACUUUGCGAUAACGAGGAUAUACCAUCGUCUCCUUAUAUUGCAAAUAUUGUACCAAAGACCGACUUUGACGCGGAAAAGGUUGAGGUACAUGGUCCUGGAAUUCAACCGGAUAGCGUUGCUAAAGAUAAGCCGACUCAUUUUAUUGUGGAUCCUAGAAAAGCUGGUCAGGCACCUUUGGAAGUUGUUAUACAAGAUGUUUUUGGUAGACAAGUUCCUGUUCGUUUGGAAGAAAAACGUGAUGGGACCGUACAAGCUAAUUACACACCGACUUCAGCUUCUCAACAUGUUAUCAUGGUAAAUUAUGGUGGAGUUGCUACGAAAAAAUCACCGUUCAGAGUAAAGGUAGCGGCACCUUUCAACCCAGCCGCUGUGACAGCAUUUGGUCCAGGUGUUGAAAAUGGUGUUAAAUCAAAUAUACCAACUCAUUUUAACAUCGAUUGUCGCGAAGCUGGACCUGGUAAUAUGGAUGUUACCAUAGUCAGUGAAGAUGGACGUGAAUUACCAGUGUCCUUGACCGAUAACGAAGACAAUACUUAUAGCGUACAAUACGUAGCACCUCAACCAGGAAAAUAUUUCGUCAAUCUUACCUACGGUGGUUUCAAGGUACCUACGUGUCCAAUCACUGUCAAUGUUCAACCCCAUAUCGACGUUUCCAGAAUCAAGGUGGACGGUCUUGAACCAACUGCACCGGUGAACAGCCUGCAACAGUUCCGCGUGAUAACGCAGGAUGCCGGAAAAGUAGCUGACUUUCAAGUGGCGAUAACAGCACCAUCCGGUAAUCGGGUUAAGGCUCACAUCUUACCGACUCAUGAAGGUUAUUUGGUCAACUUUACACCCACGGAAUUGGGCGAAUAUUUGUUGGGUAUCAGUUUUGGCGGUGAACCUUUAACAAGUCAACCAUAUCGUCUGAAUUGCGUUCACGGCUCUGAUCCUGGAAAAGUUCGUGCAAGUGGUCCUGGCUUGUCACGUGGGGUUGUUAACAAACCAGCCGAAUUUGUUAUCGAUACCAGAGGAGCUGGUCAAGGUGGACUUGGCGUUACUGUCGAGGGUCCUUGCGAAGCUGCCAUUAAUUGUCGUGACAAUGGUGAUGGUACAUGUUCCGUUGCUUAUCUACCUACCGAAGUUGGGGAUUAUGGGAUUAAUAUUACCUUCAAUGAACAACACGUGCCUGGCUCACCGUUCCAGGCAAUCGUCGUACCUGACACCGACGUUUCCAAAAUUAAGGUCACCGGAAAUGGAAUUCAGCCACACGGUCUGUACUUGGAACAACAAACAGAAUUCAUGAUAGACACCAGAGCGAUAGCUAAAAUGAAGAACGACGAAGGUUUAGUUUCAUGUGUUAUCAACAAUCCAAAUGGUGGAAAAACAGAUAAAGUUAUAAUACCUCAAGGAGAUGGAAUGUAUCGUGUCAGUUAUACACCUUUUGAAGAAGGACGUUACACUAUUGAUAUUCUUUACGACAACAUUCCAGUACCAGGUUCACCGUUUAGCGUGAAUGUUAAACGUGACAGUGAUCCUAGCAAAUGUCGUGCAUAUGGUCCAGGUUUAGAAAAGGGUUAUACCAAUAAGGCUAAUCAAUUCACUGUAGAUAUAAAAGAAGCUGGAAAUGGUGGUCUUGGUUUAGCUAUAGAAGGUAAACGAGGAGCCCAAAUGAUUUGCAAAGAUAAUUAUAAUGGUUCAUGUACUGCUGAAUAUAUACCAUUGGAACCUGGAGAAUAUGAUAUAACUAUAAAAUUCGCUGACAAACAUAUACCUGGUUCACCUUUCAAAGUACAAGUUGUGUCUGAUAACAGUAAUGCUAAGAAUGUUGUUGCUUAUGGUACAGGACUCGAACCUGAAAUGGUACGUGAAGGUGUACCAGCUAAAUUCGUCGUUGACACAUCGAAAUGUGAACCAGCUAAAUUGGACGUUAGAUUGAAGACUGACAAAGGUCAAGUACAAAAGCCAGAAAUUAAAAGUCGUAGCGAUGGAUUGUACGAAGUUACUUAUCAACCACCACCAGCUGGUAGUACGGUUCAAAUAGGUGUCAGUUAUGAUGGUGAAGAAAUAAAUGACAGUCCUUAUUCCAUCAAAGUUUUACCUACGGUCGAACCUAAUAAAAUUGUUCUCAGUGGACCUGGUGUUCAACCGGUUUGCACUGCGUCAUUUCCAACAGAAUUUGUCGUUGAUACUUCAAAAGCUGGUUACGGUGAUCUCGAGGUUCAAGUUUUGGGUCCAGAUCAAUCACCGCGUAGAGUUGAAGUUCAAGAUUUGGGGGAUGGAAAAUACAAAGCAACGUACUUGCCAGAUGACUGUGGUCGUUACAAGGUCAAUGUGAAAUACGGUGGCAAAGAAGUACCGGGUAGUCCAGUUUUGGUACAAAGCGUUUCAACCGGUAAAGCUGAGAAAUGUAAGAUCAAGGAGGGUAUUCAACAUACCUUGGCACAGGGUGAAGAAUAUUGUAUAACUGUUGAUACUGAAAAUGCUGGAAGGGGUGCUGUUACUUGUCGCAUUCGUUCUACAUCUGGCAGUGAAGUGGUGGACAUUGACAUCGAAGAUAACGGUGAUGGAACUGUCAACAUUUAUUACACGGUAGCUGAUGCAGGUGAUUACACGCUUAGCAUAAAAUUCGGUGGACAACCUGUUCCAGAAGGACUCUAUACUUUUACGGCAUCGGAAGAAUAUCGGGAACACAGUACGCACAAAACCCAUCGUGGAAGGAAAUCUCGACAAAGGCAAGAACAACACGUUCUUGAACAACGUAGUACAACAAGUAUACAAGAAAGUUCAACGGUUACCACAAAGAGUACUAGCAGUUCAUCAAAUCAACAAAAUUUAUCGAAGAAAAAUUUCGAUUCAAUAAGAUUGAACAGUAUCCCCUUGCCAUUGGCCAGUGGUACAGUUACAUCCGAGGUAAAAAUGCCGAGCGGUAACGUUGACAAACCAGUCAUCGAGGAUAAUCACGAUGGCACAGUUUCCAUAAAAUACGAGCCAAGGGAGGAAGGUCUUCAUGAGAUUUACGUUAAAUUUAACGGGGAACACGUACAAGGAUCACCAUUCAAAUUCCACGUAGAUUCUUUGGCAAGUGGUUACGUAACAGCAUACGGUCCUGGUUUGAUUUACGGUGUUUGCGGUGAACCAGGAAACUUUACGAUAUCUACGAAAGGUGCUGGUGCAGGAGGAUUGUCAUUGGCCGUGGAAGGUCCUAGCAAAGCUGAAAUAUCAUUUCAUGAUAACAAAGAUGGCACAGUUUCGGUUUCUUAUUUACCAACCGCACCUGGCGAAUAUAAAAUCACUGUUAAAUUCGGUGACAAGCAUAUUAAGGGUAGUCCAUACGUCGCCAAAAUUACAGGAGAGGGUCGUAAGAGAAAUCAAAUAUCCGUGGGAUCCUGUAGCGAGGUACAAUUACCUGGAAAAGUACCAGACACUGAUAUAAGAUCAUUGAACGCAUCGAUAAUAGCACCGAGUGGUUUGGAGGAGCCAUGUUUCUUAAAGAAAUUACCUAGCGAUAACGUUUGCGUAUCAUUCACACCUCGCGAAGCUGGUUCCCAUGCUGUAUCCGUCAAACGAAUGGGCAAACACAUACCAAAUUCACCGUUUAAAAUCGAAGUUAAGGAUCGUGAAGUUGGUGAUGCUAAAAAGGUCAAAGUAACCGGUGCAGCGUUGAAAGAAGGAAAAACGCACGUAGAAAAUUCGUUUUCGGUUGAUACGAGAAACGCUGGUUUCGGUGGUUUGUCACUUUCUGUUGAGGGUCCUAGCAAAGUUGAGAUUCAGUGCAAGGACAACGAGGAUGGCACGUUGAACAUGUUUUACAAGCCUACCGAGCCUGGUAUUUACAUAGUUAAUCUUAAAUUUGCCGAUCACCAUGUCGAGGGUUCACCAUUUGCGGUCAAAGUUACCGGUGAAGGUAGCAAUCGUCAAAGAGAAAAAAUUCAAAGACAAAGAGAAGCUGUUCCUAUCACAGAAGUUGGUAGUCAAUGCAAAUUGACGUUUAAGAUGCCAGGUAUCACAUGUUUCGAUCUUGCUGCUACUGUAACUUCACCUGGUGGUAUCACCGAAGAUGCUGAGAUCAAAGAAGUCGAGGAUGGUCUUUAUGCUGUCGCAUUUGUACCCAAGGAAUUAGGUGUACACACGGUUUCGGUUCGUUACAAGGAAAUGCACAUUCCGGGAUCACCUUUCCAAUUCACGGUUGGUCCAUUGAGAGACGGUGGUGCACACAGGGUCCAUGCUGGUGGUCCUGGAUUGGAAAGAGGUGAACAAGGAGAACCAUGCGAGUUUAACAUCUGGACGAGGGAAGCUGGUGCUGGUGCAUUGGCAGUUUCCGUAGAGGGUCCUAGCAAAGCUCAAAUCGAUUACAAAGAUCGCAAAGAUGGAAGCUGUUAUGUCAGUUAUGUCGCUUCUGAACCUGGUGAAUACAGAAUAGGAGUCAAGUUCAACGAUCAACACAUUCCUGACUCACCAUAUAAAGUUUACAUAUCACCUGCUAUGGGUGAUGCACACAAAUUAGAAGUUGCACAAUUUCCGGAAAGUGGUGUACAACCUGACAAACCUUAUACCUUCCUAGUUAGGAAGAAUGGAGCUAAGGGUGAAUUGGAUGGAAAGAUUGUAUCACCGAGUGGCAUUGAGGAUGAUUGUUUCAUACAAUCAAUCGAUUCUGACACCUAUUCCGUAAGAUUUAUGGCACGUGAGAAUGGUAUUCACAGUUUGUAUUUGAAAUUUAAUGGUGUACACAUAUCUGGAAGCCCUUAUCGUAUAAAAGUCGGUAAAGUGGAUGCCGACCCAGCAGCAUUGCACGCUUAUGGCAAUGGUUUAAUGGAAGUUAAGACAGGUCAAAAGACAGAUUUCAUCAUUGAUACUUGCAACGCUGGUAGCGGUGCACUUGGUGUUACUGUUGAUGGUCCUAGCAAGGUUUCUAUGGAUUGUACAGAAGUUGAGGAAGGUUAUAAAGUCAGGUAUACACCUUUGGUACCUGGUGAUUAUUAUAUCAGUAUCAAAUACAAUGGUUAUCACAUCGUUGGUUCACCGUAUAAAGUAACAUGUACCGGUGCGGAUCUGGCAGAGAGAGGUGCACAAGAGACGAGUUCAAUCCUGGUAGAGACAGUACAGAAGAUAUCUAAAGCAAAGCAAACUGGUCCCGUGUUACCGCUUUUUAAAUCAGACGCGAGUAAGGUUACGAGCAAAGGUAUGGGACUUAAGAAGGCCUAUUUGGGAAAGCAGAAUCAGUUCACCGUAAAUGCCGGUGAUGCUGGAAACAACAUUCUUUACGUUGGCGUUUACGGUCCCAAAGGACCAUGCGAGGAGGUAUACUUGAAGCACACAGGUAGAAACAACUACAACGUCAGUUACUUGGUACGUGAACGAGGAGAAUAUAUCGUGAUCGUCAAGUGGGGUGACGAUCACAUUCCUGGAUCACCGUACAAGGUCGAGGUCUAAAAGGAAAUAUAGAAAAGAAGAUUUAAAAAAAAACAUACACACAAUUUCAAUGAGUUACAUAUACACAUAAAUACACAUACACAUAUAUAUAUAUAUAUACACCAGACAUCAGACAUUCAUGUACGCAUGCUCAGACCAAUCGGAGUAUUGUCUUUCCUUACGUGGUAUCAACAGCGUUUGCUUUAAGGGAAAACACUUAAUAGAAAAUGGACAUAUCCGUGUGUGUUCGAUUUAGCACGAUCUCGAAUGCUCAACUUAUCGAAUAUGUAUUUUCUUAGAUUCCUCUUCCCUUCCCCUACACUCGAUCAACCAACCA